AUGAGUCAUCACGCGAAGGAAUUGUUUCGUGUCAACGUGUCUCGGGGGAGUGCGGCUGACAACCCCUCCACUGCAUCCGUCACGGCGCACUCCUCUUUUAAAGGGGGCUCCACUUCUCCGUGGUCCAGCCCUCUGGCGGCCGGCAGCAAGGCCCAGGGGAAUUUGGCGGAGAAGACACUGCCACGGACCCCGAGCGGUGCAGCACUUCUGCAUGAGUCUCAGCGCCAAGAAAAAGAUCAACAAAAUCGUCAUCAUCAUCAUCAGCAGCCAAAUGUUCGAACCGCGCCUGAUUCUUCGGUGUUGAGUCUUCGUGUUGAAUCACCAUCGUUCGUUAUGUUCCGCCCGCAGUCACCUCCUCGUAUCCGUCCCACCAGCGAGCUUCCGCCAACCAGGGAUGCGAGGAGCGUUCUACGGGGCAUGCCCACAGUUCUAAAGGUUAGUGAUGACACGCUCCACGAUGUUCCUGCACGUCCAUCACAAGCACCCGCUCAACCACGGGGUCUAGACGCGUUACACACAAUUGAUAUUUCCACUCACGAAACCCGUGCUGCAUCACAAGCCGCCAUGCCGGUGUCGUCUGCCGUAGCGGUGAUGGGAGAAGAAAAGACCGUGCGGAGCACCAUUUGUCGUGUUUGUUCCUUGUGCGGUAUUUCCGUGAUUCUCGUGGGGACUUUUGUGGAGCAUCAGCAACAAUGGAAUGAACAUGUGGAUUCAUGGGCGCAUCAAAGGAACGUUCAGUUGCGUGCUUUAGCUCGGCGCGAUGAUUUUAUCUCCAUGGAGAGCACAGAUGUGGCUUCAAGCCCACCGUUAUCUCAGGGGAUGAUACGUACUCUGGGGGACAUUUCGGCUUCGCCAGUGUUGUUGCAGAAAGAGGAAGCUUCAGCUAUGGCUAUUUCGCCUUUGCGUGCGAUUUUUUUUCCGCAUAGAGCGGAUGGAAUACAGGCUGAUGAGGACAUUUUCUCGCCGCAUGAAAAGAGACGAGGCAACGUUUCGCCUACCGCUGCUCCCUCACAUGUGUUCAAGGAGCUGUUUGACGAGGAGAACUUGGCGGCUACUCCGGAUGCCAAGAGUAAUGAGGAGGAUCAUGUAGAUAUAUGCCGCAAGGAAGAGCGCCCCGAUGCCUUAUGGAAGGUGGGCAGCCGACGACGAUGCAAGGCGAUGCUGAGAGACAAGCGUGGGGGUGAGUCAUCACGGCUGGCAGAGCGGACAAGUGAGGUGGUCUCGGUCAAUGAAAGAGGUCUUUCUCGAGUGAAGAAGAUUCCGCACACUGACUAUGCCGCCUCUUCAGAGCACUCUGGGAGCGCGUCACCGAGGAGGGGGCGUCAAUUAGAGCGCACACUCGCAAAGUUUCUUAUACAAAAGGAGGGUCGACAGCUGCUUGCAUGCUUUCGCCGCUGGUUCAAUUUUAUGCUUGUGCGAAUGAUGAGCGAUUCGUCCCUCCUCAUUAGAGCCUCCUCCAAGCGUGGACCUGCAGCUGCGGUGGAUUUAGUCGAGGAGGCAUUUUCAACAGACUCAGCGAAGCCCAAAUGCGGUGAGGAGAGCCUGUUGCAUAGUUCGGCUGUUACUUUGGAGAAGCGGGAGGACGCCGCUUUGCCUGCCGCUCCAUCGCACAUUGAAAACGAUCAGCAACGGGAAGAUCAAAGGCUGAAUAAAACGGCGACUGGUGAUGGGGAACGCGAGGGCCCCUUCAUGGCAUCACGAGUGAAGGAUUUUGCUCAUGUCGUGGGCAGCUCAUCUUCAAGCAGUGUGGAGAUGGAGAUGGCGAGGACGGAUGUGAGUUGGUACGUUCACCGCACUGUGCGGCCGCUGCACCGCGGGUCGGGAGGAGGCAGCGGGGAAGGUUUGCGGACGCCUCCCUGGGAGAGUGACACCAGCAUUGAGGAGAUGCUAUCAACGUUGACACCAGCUUUACAGGAACGUGUGAGAGCAGUGCUCAGUGGCGAACCUGAAAGAUCGCGUGCGUUCCCCAAGACCUCAGAGGCUUUAAACACAAUACGGUAUCCCUCGCUGGGGCCAACUUUGUCUCCCGGUGGGCCACGUGUCUUGGACACGGACGGAAACCACAGAAUUUCUUCCUCCUUUCCAAUGGCACACGUAACGCGGAGUGGUUCUGGGGACGUGAUGCAAGGGAUAAUCGACCCACAGAAAGGAUCUUCGUCGUCUUCGUCGACCCAUGCAGGGCCAAUUGGGCGACGCCCCACGGGAGGGGACGCCAAACCAGGAAAUCAGGAAGUUCCCAUUCUCAUGGAUAUGGCGGCUGUAAAUUUUCCUUCACCGCCCGCAGAACUUUCCGGGAUGCCACCGCUGCGGCAAGAGGAACCGUUGGGUCGCCUCUCUGGGGAAACCGCUCCUGUUGAGGUGCGAGAUUCUCCGUCUCAUUUGUCCCGUCAGAAGUCGCUGGAGGGAUAUCAAAAAGCCUCUUCCGAGAAGAAGCCCUCUCCCUCGCCUCCGUCAAAAAUUCGCGAUUUUAUCGGGCAAGAUGGGGAUGAGAAAACGGAUUCCGCUCCGCAUGGGAGUUUUUUUAGUCAACCUUCAGUGCCGCGGCAACGACGUGGAGAGCAGGAGGGCAGCCCCUCGUGGCGUCAGGCAUGGCGUGAGGAGUUGGAUGUGGGGAAGGGCGGGGCAAAUGAGGAGUUUAAAGGCAUUCCCGGUGAGUACUACUGUUACUACAACGACGCGUAUCACCGGGUGUUGGAUCCCACAUGCGAGGAGUAUUACGAUGCACGGGGCAGAAGACUCCCGAUAUUUUUUGUGCGUCGCUCCACAAGGACCAGGGCGUCCUCGACACGCAGAUUGAUCGCGACAACACGCCCAAAGAGUCCACUUGGGCCCGGUCGCCUGAAUCCAUACUGUUCUGUGUGUGUGGCACGCUAUUUUCUUGUUGUCGUGGAUGAGUGUAUGCGGCCGAUAACCGUUACGCCAAGACGCCAGCGAGGUGCGUCCGGCGGCAACGGUGAGGCACACACCUGUGCCUGCCCUGGCAGAAGUGCAAGGUCCUCACCCUCUCGAGGGAUGCGGGAUGCAUUUACACGGAAAAAGGCUCUACAGUCACCGCGGCGCACUUCUUCGUGGAAACGACAAGACAGCUCCUUUCCUUCACCACUCCCGCACAGCUUUCCGCCAGCGAUGAAAAGUGAUUCGACUGAGGCGAAAACUAGCGGUCAUGCAUCUGCGAGCACUCAACUUGUGAGUGCUGCACCGCUCGGUGAUUCCAAAGCACCUGAGACUUCUCAGGACCCCGUGCCGGAGGAAAAUAAGCGGCUACGACGACUAGAGCGGGAUUUACGCCGGCGUGUGAAAUCGCUUCUGUGGCGAGAAAUUCCGCAGUGCCGCGGAAGUCAACAGUGGGUGGAAUACCUCACAUCCCUAAAGGAGGUGUUGCAAAUGUUAGAGGCGCUGCGGUCGGCGGCGAGUGUUCAAUAG